AUGCGUGCUUUGCUGUUCUUGACACUUUUCACCUCGGUGUCAUGCUUCGCAUUCCCCUGGGCAACGUCAGACGAACAGGGGACGCUGCCUCUGGAGCUUCGAGAAAAAACGACGCCUUCUGAAGUGCAAGACCUCCAUAGAAUCACCCGUCGUCAUCCAAGACGCUCCACCCCGUUUUCGCCUACUGACAGGACCGACGAACCGGUCGAGGGGACCCCUCAAGUGGCUCUUCAAGAAAACAGGACCCAAGAGACCUCUUCUCAAGCCCUAGAACUCAAGCAUUUCACUCGACCUCAUCCCAGAAGAUCCACGUCUUCAGAUGACAGGACUGAUUCUUCAGAUCAUUCCAGAGUCCAACGAAGAGUCACGCUCAACCCACCGCCCGUUCCUGGCUCAACCGAACUUCCUAAACAGGCCAAUCUGUCUGGAAUAGUUUCAUCAAACAGAACUCGCUCCGGAGACAACACUCCUGCUCCAGUAACUCGUCUUCCACCCGUCACCAAGGAUGGAGAACCUUACACCGGCCAAGUCACAGUAGCUGGAGAAGACUUCAAACGACGAACGAGGCAUUAUAGCCGACGCAGCACUGACCCGGUGGAGACGACUUCGGCUAAAGCGGAUCCGAACGCGUCGACGGAAUGGCAUCGCGUUCAAACUAAGCCCCCAGCGGUUGAGACCCGUAACUCUACUGGAGGAGAUGCCGUUCCCACUCUUCCCUCUUCUCGGAACGAUUCCAAUUCCAUCGUUAAACAUCGAUCAACUCCAGUACCUUCAAAAUUUGUUCGAAGGACAGAGACCGCCUCUUUGGAGAGCCGCACUACUCCUGGAGAUGGUAUAGAAAUAAAAAUCUAUUGAAAGUUACAAAUUAUGUCGUUUCAGAUGAAUUUGAAGGAAGUGGUCACACAGAACAAGAUUUCCAUAGAUCAACGCCAGAUCGUUCCCCUCCUCUCACUGGAGAAGCUCAAACUGCUGCUCCGGCUGGCUCAAACGAUAUUUCCUACAGUCAUCCUUCGGAAAAUGAACAAAAAUCGACUCCAGGAGGUUUAGUCUAAAUUUUUAGGCAAAAGUUCAAUUUUUAUUGUUUAUAGGUGUCGGCAUCGCUUACAGCCAUCGUCCGGAAGAAGUUCACAAAAGGGGAACAGACUCAUUGGAACUGCGCACGACUCCAGGAGGUGACACUUUGAAGCCGUCCAAUAUCCUCAACAGAAAUCGGUUUCCAGAUGACGGAGAUGCCACAAAGAAGCCUCACCAUCUCCCAACUCUGCCACCAUGGCUCAAAAAAUUCACUUUGCCUCAUGGCUGGACCUUCCCCCACCGACGGACAAGAGCACCAGUCACUGAAGAGCCCUCGCCGACGGAUUCUCAAUAA